AUGAACUCAGAUAUGUCACUACAUGACUUAAUAAACUACGCAAGGACAAUGGAGACGAUAGCGUCACACCUACAAACAAUGCGACUGGAAGACAACAACAUCGCUACUGCUACAACCGCCCCAAUAAACAAAGUCGCAGACGAACAGCGCCAACCAAGCAACUAUCUCCGGCAAUACCAGUGCAGGAAUUGCAACGGAAAAUACACUCAUGAGCGGGGACCGACGUCUUACCCUGCAUUUCAUACCCAGUGCACAUACUGCGGAAGGUGGGGACACUUCACCUCUGUCUGUUUCAGAAGAUUAAACGACGGAAACAGACAACAGGAAACAAAUCGUCCCCCACGAACACAGACCAAUCGACGCUCAGUGAACCGCAUUAAAAACGACCAAUGGAACCCACGUAGCAGUGGUAGUGAUACAGAAUACGUGUUCCACACAGCUGGAGCUCAGAACUUGCCACCUCCAAUUGAAAUGGAUACUCCAGCAAACAGGAGUUCAUCUUUAUUUUGGAGGCUUCCCAACCAAAUAAAAGGGCAACUUGAUGAACAAUCACAAACUCUCCACAAAAUCAAUUCCACAGUCCAGAAACUUGAAGCUGAAAACGCUCUUUAUAAACAAGAAUUGAUGACCGCCCACACCAAUAUUCACCAGUUAUCAUCUCUUUUGGAUAACGAAUGA